GGCCGGAAGCGGAGUUGUUUGGCCCGGAAACGCGGAGUGGGGGGACAUGGGUUGCGACGGGGGGACUAUCCCUAAGCGGCACGAGCUGGUGAAGGGGCCGCGUAAGGUGGAGAAGGUUGACAAAAAUGCAGAAUUAGUGGCUCGGUGGUACUACUGCGCUCUGAGUCAAGAAAAAUUAAGCAGACCAAUUGUAGCCUGUGAACUUGGCAGGCUAUAUAACAAAGAGGCCGUCAUUGAGUUUUUACUUGAUAAAUCAUCUGAUAAAGUUGUGGAAGCUGCAUCACACAUCAGGAGCAUUAAGAAUGUCACAGAGCUGAAUCUUACUGAUAAUCCUGCCUGGAAUGGUGAUAAAGGGAAUACAAAAGGGGAUAAGUAUAAUGACAUCCAGUGUGCAUGCUUUAUUUGCCCUGUGGUGGGCUUGGAAAUGAAUGGCAAGCACAGGUUUUGUUUCUUGAGGAAUUGUGGGUGCGUGUUCUCUGAACGUGCUCUUAAAGAAGUCAAAGCAGAUGUUUGCCACAAGUGUGGUGUUCCCUUUCAAGAAGAUGAUGUGAUUCUACUUAAUGGCAAUAAAGAUGACAUGGAAAAUCUGAAGAAGAGAAUGGAGGAUAGAAGACUUAAAAAUAAAUUGGGAAAGAAAUCAAAGAAAUGCAAGGCAGCAGAAUCAGUUUCUCAACAGGACGCCACUGAAGGUUCUCCCGGACCGUCCAAAGUAAAGAAUGUAAAUGAUGACCUGAACUCUAGUUCUGGAGAAAAGAAACAGAUUAUAUUCACCAAAGGCACAGAGGCUAUUGGAAGUCCAUCAACUGUGCCAGGAAAAGCUGCUUCAUCUGGUACCACCAAGAGAUGCAUCACGGAGAGGGAGGAUAAAUCGGAGGCAUACAAAUCUAUUUUUACAUCACACAGCUCAGCAAAACGCUCCAAGGAAGAAUCUUCCAAUUGGAUUACUCACACAGCAUACUAUUUCUGAAACAAUACUCUGCAUGAUUGUAACAGGCAGUUCUGCUUGCCUUCCUUAGGCUUUUUUUCUGGAAAACUGAUACAGUGUAUUCAUUUAUAAUCUGAUGUUAUUUGGAAUUACUCAAUUUGCAAGUUGUUUAUAACUUUCUGAAUAGCCAAUACACUUUGCUUACCUAUAGAUACUGUUAGAUAAGAAGAAGAUAGCAGUCAUCCAUGUCCUAAUAAAAUCAAGAAAUCUUUGUAAAUUCAAAAUUAUUCGGGCUCAUUCUGUCAUCCUCCGUCACAAUGACUAGUGUCUUACUCUUGGUUCUAGUGCAAGUGAAGGGCAUAGUUAAAAAUACACUUUUCUGUGCUAUCAAUUUUAGCUGAAACUGUCAUUGCACUUUUGUUUGGAUUCAGUAAGAAGGCUGAACUUUUUUUGUAACUACCUAACAUUGCUUACAACCAAUAAAAGAACAAUGGGACUGCUUUUCAUACAUUAGCUAAUUUAACCCUUCUCAUAACCAGCAUGUUUUUCCCUUUUCAUGGUUCUGUAGAGCACUUUCAGUGUCUGUCCUGGAGUCAUAUGGCUAUCUUAGAAGUAAAGAGAGAGUUUUUUGUUUUUUUUACAAGAAUUGUCUAUUCCAUUUAUCUGAAAAAUAUAAAGAUCUUAGCAAAAUGCCUGCAGAUGCAUGGAUUAGCAGACACAGAACUGGCCAUAGUUUGGGAGUCCUGACCCGCCAAAGCAGGUAGGGCAAAUCACUAUGUCUGUGUAUUUGUAAAAUGGGAGUAAGACCUCCUUUUCUAAAAAUGCUUUGGCAUCUACUGAUGGAAAAAUCUGUAAAAGAUGGAUAUCGUGGCUAGCACCAUCUGGUUAAAGCCCAUUUAUGAUUCUAGCACAUGAAAAUGCAUAUCAUGGAUCCAUACACACAUUGAAAGAACAGUGAUUCUGGCACAAGGGUUUGGAUGGAAGUGCAGACGAUCACAGAGCACUCCUUGGGCCAAUUGCUAACACAAUCAGUUUUUGAAACUGUAUUUGUGUGUAAAGUAGGUUCUGCAGUUUGGCCCAUUUGCUAUGAUUUCUGUAUCAAAAUCUAAGACUUAAGCAAAAUUAAGGAGUUUGCUGUUAUGUAUUUUAAAUGUUUUCUGUGCUGAAUUGCAGGCAGAAUAAUUGGCGCUGAAAACUUCAAGGUCUCUUCCCAGCUGUUUUUCUGACUCUGCUAAUUUCACUCUUUCAGUGCAGUUUAAUUGAGGGUAGUUAGACUGUGGAAGAGCAGGCUAUGCAUUUCAAUGCAUAUUCUGGUUCUUCCUUGGAAGUGCAUGCAGGAGUGUUUGGAGGAUUUUUCUAUCAUAGGAAGAAUCUCAGAACUCAUCCAUGGGUUGGUGGGGGGAUAAAAAGCUGUGGGCUAAAUUUUUGGAGAGUUUCCAAAAAACUUAUAUUUGUGAAGGCAAAUAUUUCCUUUGUAUUGUAGUGUUAUAUGUGCAAAUGCUAUUCACAGGCAGGCUUUUAUGUGUGCAAACAGUUAUGCUCACAUACUCUAGUAUGCUUUGAUAAAGACCAUUUUAAACUUGGGCCCCGUAUUUCUGUCCGUGGAAUGAUUCUCUUUCCUUAUGCAUACUGUUUCGUAAUAAGUGAAAUGUGCUGCCUUCAAAACAGCUCCAUAACCCAUGAUGCUAGAUUCCUAACCUCAGAGUAUUAAAACACAAUGAACAUUUUGGGGGGUUUAAAUUGAGGUAAGUCUCAAAACUUAUAUAUAAGGGUGUUUCAGAAAGUAACAGUAAUUUUGAAAUAAAACCCAUUUUGCGUGCAGUAAUGGUUUACUGGAGCACAUUACUUCUCUACGUAGCUGCAAGCAAUGGGCGCAUUCAUCUGUGUUUCCCCCUGUUGUGUAGUUUUUUCCCACUUUGCCAGACCAUACAGUGUGGGCAACCAUUUUGUCAUUACUUUCUGAAACGCCCUUGGAUAUGAGACUGCUGCUAUGCGGAGCAAGAAAUAGUGUCUUGCUCUUAUUUUCAUCAAGUUUCUCUGUAAUUUUGUUUGAAGAAAAGUGGUUGAUCAUGUCAUAUGACCACAGAUAUUCGUGUUAGCAUGCCUGGAGGACACUAUCCCAAUGCUUAUGAUGUUUGAAUCGAACAAUUUUUAGUUUAUUGUGAGCUUUCCUGAGUCAAUAAUUCUGUUGUUAAGAUUCUAAAUGUAGACAGUAAUUACCUACAUAAAGUGAUCAAAGUAAAGUCUGGAAGCUUCCCCUUUCCCUCUCCUUCUCCCUUCCCUACACAUUUUCACUAGCAUUUGUUCAAACUAACCAGGAUAGAAUUACAAUAAGAAGGAAGAUAUUUAAAGCUCCUGCCCAAUGUAACAUAGUUACUUUUGUGUGUUUAAAAUGAUUAAUUAGUCUUGUAAUUUAUUUUGAAAAGUGUCCCCCUUUGUAAUCUGUAACAGUUAAUUGGAAAUUCAGAUGAUUUGUUUAUGUUUGCACAGGUAGUCUUUCUGAUUCAUGUGUGUUGAAUGCAACUGCUGAUAUUUUAUUAUUAUUUUGAUAAGCAUAAUUAAGCAAUUGUUUCCACAGUUGGUUUGUCAUGGAAUUUACAUGGUAAGCAUUUUUGUUUUCCAAAUAUAGGAUAGAGUCUCACAUUUUUUUCACAUCAAAACAGUUUGCAUUUUAGUUGAGCUUCAAUGAAUCACUUUGCUACAUUUUUAUAUGUGCUAGCAUGAGCUUUAUUCUUCCUAUUUUUUUUCUGUUCAUCAUUAUCCUUUAUUAUUUGGUACAGGCAAACAAUAAGCUUAAUGCAGGAAAAGAUACACAAUGACAAUCACUUCUCUUCUUUUUCAGUCUUAUUCUAUUUUAAGAGCGUGCAUUUAACUCCUACUAUUUUUUUAUUGGGCUGCAUUUCUUUCUCCUUUUCUUUUUUUUUUGAACAUAGCAGCCCUAUGGGAUUAAAGUUUAGUUAUUUUAUUUGGUUAUUACAUAUUGCUUUGCUACCAUGUAUAAGGAUAUGAGAAUAAAUAUUUUAGAACUUGGA